AUGGAGCGGCCGGGAUGGGGAUCGGGAUGGGGAUGGGGAUGGGGAUCGGGCCGGAGACGGGAGCGGGAGCGGGUCCCGGGCCCGGGCGUGUCCCCCCUGCCGGCUCCGCCGCUCUGCCUGCCGCUGCUGCUGCCGCUGCUGCUGUUGUUGCUGUGGCUGCCGGCCCCGGCCUGCUCCGGGACCGUGCCCGGGGCCGCCGCCCGCCUCGCCCUCCCGGUGCAACCCCGGGGCCGCCAGGGUUGUCACUCUGAAGUCCUGGACCAGACCCAGAUGGGCAAACAAAUGUUUCUGAAAGCGGAUUGCGGCCCAGCAGAGACCCCAGAUGAGCCCAAGAAUCUGGACCACCAUCAACCGCUGCCCCAGGAAGACCCCACGCAGGGUCACUCGGUGGAGGUGAUCUCCCUCUUCAAGGAAUUCCUCACCACCUACAAUCGGAGCUACGCCAACGCUACAGAGAGUCAGCGACGCCUAGGCAUCUUCGCCCGCAACCUGGAACGGGCCCGAAGGAUCCAGGAGCUGGACCUGGGAUCAGCCCAAUAUGGAGUCACCAAGUUCAGUGACCUCACAGAGGAGGAGUUUCGGAACUUGUACCUAAACCCGGUCCUGAGUCGUGUCCCUGGUCGCCCACUGCGUCCGGCCCCUCCUGCCGCCGGGCCCGCGCCCCCGGCUUGGGACUGGAGAGAGCACGGGGCUGUUACCAGCGUCAAAGACCAGGGCAUGUGUGGAUCGUGCUGGGCCUUCUCGGUCACGGGCAACGUGGAAGGCCAGUGGUUCCUGAAGCGGGGGACGCUGCUGUCUCUCUCCGAGCAGGAGCUGGUGGAUUGUGACACGCUCGACAAGGCCUGUGGAGGUGGCCUGCCCGCCAACGCCUACACAGCUAUCGAGACCCUCGGGGGCCUGGAGACAGAGAGCGACUACAGCUACCAGGGCCACCGACAGCGUUGCGGCUUCUCUGCAGACAAGGCCACCGUCUACAUCAACAGCUCGGUGGCCUUGAGCCGGGACGAGGAGGAGCUCGCUGCCUGGCUGGCUGAGAACGGCCCCGUGUCCGUCGCCCUCAACGCCUUCGCCAUGCAGUUCUACCGUGGCGGGGUCUCCCACCCUUUCCGGCCGCUGUGCACCUCCUGGCUCAUCGACCACGCGGUGCUCCUCGUGGGCUACGGCUACCGCUCUGGCAUCCCCUUCUGGGCCAUCAAGAACAGCUGGGGCACUGACUGGGGAGAGAAGGGCUACUACUACCUGUACCGAGGGGCCCGAGCCUGCGGCGUUAGUGUCAUGGCCAGCUCCGCUGUGGUGGACUAGAGGCCCGUCUAGCCCACCGCCAUCAUCACCUCCUACCAAGGACGGUCCUCGCCUCUCCGCCCCGCCCGGCCUCACUCACCGAAGCCCCACCACUUGGCCCUCGAUUAAGUAGCAGACCCUCACCUUACCAGUGUGAUCCCACCCCUUCUAGAGCUAGUGGGGAUUGCAGCGAGCGUUUAGUACAGUGCUCCACACACAGUGUGCGCUCAAUAAAUUCCUUGAUUGAUGGGGGCGGGGGGGACCAGCCCCAGUUCUGGAGGGAAGGGAGCGAGGUCGGAGAAGAAAGCCGGAGGAGAUGAGGACAACUGGAUCACUGGAAGGACAGCAGACAGGUGGAAAUUGCAUGCGGGGAGGGAAGGGGAAAGCCGCCCGCUUUGAGCGCACAGGCUGGGGACAGGAUCUCUGUUUUCUGGGGAGGAGAAGGGGUCGCCCCCAUCCUAAACUCUGUCUUCCUCUUAGAAGUAACUUUUUCUUUUUCCUGCGAUAGACUGUAGGCUCCUUGAGGGCAGAGAACGGUGGCUUUUACCGCUUGUUCCCUGCCAAGUGCUUGGCAGAGCCCUCCGCAUCCCUGAGCACCUUCCAGGCACUCAAUAAAGGCUGUUGUUGAAUGAG